AAAUAGUGGUGAUGUCAUGCGGGCAAGAUGGCGGAAGGGGAGGACGUGGGAUGGUGGCGGAGCUGGCUGCAGCAGAGCUACCAGGCAGUCAAGGAGAAGUCCUCCGAAGCCUUGGAGUUCAUGAAGCGGGACCUGACAGAGUUCACCCAGGUGGUGCAGCACGACACAGCCUGCACCAUUGCAGCCACUGCCAGCGUGGUCAAGGAGAAGCUGGCUACUGAAGGCUCCUCGGGAGCAACGGAAAAAAUGAAGAAAGGGCUGUCUGACUUCCUAGGGGUGAUCUCCGACACCUUUGCACCCUCACCAGACAAAACCAUCGACUGCGAUGUCAUUACCCUGAUGGGCACACCCUCUGGCACGGCUGAGCCCUAUGAUGGCACCAAGGCUCGCCUUUAUAGCCUGCAGUCAGACCCAGCAACCUACUGCAAUGAACCAGAUGGGCCCCCGGAGUUGUUUGACACCUGGCUUUCCCAGUUCUGCUUGGAGGAGAAGAAGGGGGAGAUCUCAGAGCUCCUUGUAGGCAGCCCCUCCAUCCGGGCCCUCUACACCAAGAUGGUGCCUGCAGCUGUUUCCCAUUCAGAAUUCUGGCAUCGGUAUUUCUAUAAAGUCCAUCAACUAGAGCAGGAGCAGGCCCGGAGGGAUGCCCUGAAGCAGCGUGCAGAACAGAGCAUCUCUGAAGAGCCUGGCUGGGAGGAGGAAGAAGAGGAGCUUGUGGGCAUUUCACCCACAUCUCCAAAAGAGGCCAAGUUUCCUGUGGCCAAAACUCCCACAUCCCUUGAAGGAGGACCUGGCCCCCGGAGCCCCUGUGCAGAGAGUCUGGUGACCCCGGUUGAGGCUCCAACAGAGGUGACUCCAUCGGAGAGCAGUGAGAGCAUCUCCCUCGUGACACAGAUUGCCAAACCUACCCCUGCAUCUGAGGCACCAGUGCUGCCCAAGGACCUGUCCCAAAAGCUUCUAGAGGCAUCUUUGGAGGAACAGGACCUGGCUGUGGAUGUGGGCGAGACUGGACCCCCACCCCUAGCUCAGUCCAAGCCCCACACCCCUGCUGGCCGCCCCAGCGGUCCAGAGCCCCGGCCUCCAGCCAGAGUAGAGACUCUCAGGGAGGAGGUACUCACAGACUUGCGGGUGUUUGAGCUGAAUUCAGACAGCGGGAAGUCUACACCCUCCAACAAUGGAAAAAAAGGCUCAAGCACAGACAUCAGUGAGGACUGGGAGAAGGACUUUGACUUGGACAUGACUGAAGAAGAAGUGCAGAUGGCACUUUCCAAAGUGGAUGCUUCCGGUGAGGAUGACCCGACGGGGAGGAAACCUACCCCCCUCACCAGAAGAGCCUACACUUCUCUGCUGAACACCCACUGUUCCUGGGGACUCUUGCUGGGAAGUCCCAACGGAUAGCCCUAGCCCAUCUGCCUGUGUAGGCAGAGGCCAAGCUACCAGUCUCUUGGAGGACGCGGAGACAACACACUCUGUCACCCAUAAGCAGGCAAAGAAGGCCAUGCCACCUGCCCUUGGCUAGACAGGGAUGGUGAACACAUUUUGGUUCCUAUCCCAGCAGGUAAGAGGCAUUCAUUUCUGGGAAACUUGCCUCUCUUAGGAAUCUCCCCCUCCCAGGCAUCUUCCAUUCCUGAAAAGGUUCCUUGUGGUUCAGAAUCUAGAGACCAAACUCCCUUUUACCCAGUCCAGGCUGGUAUGUCCCCAACGCCUUUCCCAAGGCUUCUUCAUGUCACAUGCACCCGAGUCCUUAGCCCAGCUGUGCCACCUGCAAGAGUCUGCUCUUGCUCUUCUUCCCCUCCCCAAGAAGGGAGGGGGCCACUUCAGGCCCUUCUGUGUGUUACCUGGCGGGAUACCUUGUCCAACCAGCUACCCACCUCGACUCCCCUGUAGCUUAGGACACAAGCCAGCUACCAGCGGUACAGAGCAGUGAUCAAAGCUGAGUACUUACAACUCUGGUAAGCCCAACUUCUCCACCUCAACCCUUCUGCGUCUUGGAAGGGAUAUGCUGGGGGUGAGCUUCUUGAGACUGUCAUCAGUUUUCUGCAAAAGCUCUUCUUCCUGAAGGCAGAUCAAAUCCUUGUGGCUCUCACCCUCCACUCUGGUAAAAGCUGCACCUCUCUUGGGGGAAUGAGGGGCUGCAGGAAUCCCUGGAGACCCUGGUGCUUCACGAUGCUGCUCUGGUGAUUCUUGUACAUAAUCUGGUGUGUUCACCAAUGAUUUAAAGUGAUUGUGGUCAGGGACGCCAAGAGAGUGGUGGUCACUUCCACUUCAAACCUUCGAUGAGGGGGUGGGAUGGAGAGAAUGCUGAAUCUUUUUUUGAUGGGAUGGGGUUUUUCUCUUUGUAAUUAUUUCUUUAGUUUAAUUAACCUUUUGGUUGUUUGUGCAAUAUUAUAUAUUUUAAAUUAUAAUGUAUCUCCCCAGAGUAUUUUGUAGCCGGGAAAAGAAAAAAGGAAAAAAAAAAAAAAGACUCUAACAGCUGUUAGUUUUGUAAUUAAAAAAGAAAGAAAAAAGAACUUUGUCCUGAACCUUUUCCAGACUUGCCCUUAACAGCUAUUAAAGAGAUUCAACACAAGCUGGAAGGUGUCUGGGGCUCUGUUCUUGUACCCUACGGCAGCUGCCCCAGAGCCAGGGCAGGAAGCACACUGUGCGCAGGGUGGCUUCCUGCUUGGAGCCUGGGGGUUAGGAUGGGAGGUAGCCUGGGAUCUGAGGAAGUCCCUUGUCCUCAUCCCAGGCUCACCUUGGCCUUUGGGAUGAGAAAGGACAGGGCCCCCAACAGGCCUGUCACCAAGACAAGGAGUCAAGAGGCCGUUACUGCAUUCCCAACGCUUCUGCUUUUAUUUGGAAAGGAAGUUGCAACAACAGUGGUUCCAGUUGCUCUUCGUCAUUUUUCUCCUCUCCUCCCCCUGUAUGUGUAUGAUUCUGGGGUCUAUUUUUAAUUAACUUUAGUUAAACACCUGUAUGAAAAUCACUUGUC